AUGUAUCUCAAGAAACUACUCGCCUCAGCUGCAGCUCUUAGUGGCUGUGUCUGGGCUCAGAGCCAGGCGGGUAUCGAGGAUCUUGAUGGCCCGGGUAAUGACCUCUACGAAAAGGACCUGUCUGAAUGCCCAGGAUACAAGGCAACUAAACAUUGGGAGACUCGAUCUGGCUUUUACGCAGAACUUUCUCUCGCAGGACCGGCAUGCAAUGUGUUCGGGACUGAUCUCCCAGACUUGAAAUUGGAGGUUGAGUAUCAGACCAACGAUCGCCUCCACGUCAAAAUAUUGGACACCAACAACACGGUCUAUCAAGUUCCAGACAGUGUCUUCCCGCGGCCCGGCUUUGGUCAAUGGUGUUCCCGAAAGGAUGCCAAACUCAAAUUUGACUUCAAUGCCGACCCCUUCUCGUUCACUGUAUCUCGGACUGAUACCGGAGAGGUGAUCUUUGAUACUACGGGCAACAACCUGGUUUUCGAAAGUCAAUAUGUCUACCUAAAGACACACUUACCCCAGAACCCGCAUCUGUACGGGCUGGGCGAGCACAGCGACGCGUUCAUGCUGAACACAACCAACUACACUCGGACGAUCUACACGCGUGAUGCUUACGGGACGCCUCAGGGCGAGAACUUAUACGGCGCUCACCCUAUUUAUUUCGACCACAGGCAGGAUGGCACUCACGGAGUUUUCCUACUCAACUCCAACGGCAUGGACAUCUUCAUCGACAAUAAAGGUGGUCAGUACCUCGAAUACAACAUCAUCGGUGGUGUUCUUGAUUUCUAUUUCAUUGCUGGCCCCUCCCCACGCGAUGUGGCCAUUCAGUACGCGGAAAUUACUCAGCUUCCGCUGAUGACUCCUUAUUGGGGGCUUGGUUACCACCAGUGCAAAUACGGUUAUCAAGACGUCUAUGAGGUUGCCGCUGUCACCGCAAACUAUUCCUCCAAUGACAUUCCCUUGGAAACCAUCUGGACGGAUAUUGAUUACAUGGACCGUCGGCGCAUCUUCACCAUUGAUCCAGAACGGUUCCCGGCCAACCUAUACAAAGAUCUGGUCGAUACAAUCCAUGCGAGAGAUCAGCAUUACAUAGUCAUGGUCGACCCCGCGGUAUUCUACAAGGAAUCCAACCCAGCGCUCGAUGCAGGACUUAAAUAUGAUACCUUCAUGAAAGAAGAGAAUGGCACCGAAUACCAAGGUGUCGUUUGGUCUGGUCCGAGCUACUUCCCUGACUGGUUCCAUCCUGCAUCACAGCAGUACUGGAGUGAGCAGUUCCUGGAGUUCUUCGAUGGAAGGAAGGGUCCAGACAUUGACGCACUAUGGAUCGACAUGAAUGAGCCCGCGAAUUUCUUCAACCGCCCCUAUCCAGGCAACAACACCACCCCGGAGAAGUUUGCGGAGGUGGAUGGUGACCCUCCAAAGCCACCGCCAGUCCGAGCGGGUCCAGAUGCUCCUGUCCCUGGAUUCCCGAGCAGUCUUCAGCCAAAUUUUGUAUCUACUAACCCAAAUGAAAAACGUGCGGCUGCUGUUAUACAACGGCGUGAACCGCGAACUCGUUCCCGGCGCAACCUCGGUGCUGGCCAUUGGCGCUCUGCCAAGCCUCAUUGGGCUCCGUCGAGUGCUGGCUGGCAGCACGGCAGGCAAACUGGCUCCGGCUGUGGACCUGACGAGUGCAAAGGUCUUCCCAAUCGCGAGCUUAUCAGACCACCCUACAUGAUUCAGAAUGGCGCAGGACCCACGCUUGCUGAUAGCACUGCCGACACCGAUCUGGUUCAAAGUGGAGGAUACGUUCAGUAUGAUACCCACAACAUUUACGGUGCAAUGAUGUCGUCGCAUUCCCACAAUGCCAUGCGUGCCAGGCGCCCAGAUGACCGCGCUUUGGUUAUUACAAGAAGCACUUUUGCUGGCUCCGGAAAGGAUGUAUCCCAUUGGCUCGGCGAUAAUGUUUCCGGGUGGCUUUGGUACCGCAUCUCCAUCAGUCAGAUCCUUCAAUUCGCAUCGUUGUACCAAAUCCCCGUCGUGGGUCCCGAUGUUUGCGGCUUCGGUGGUAAUGUAACGGAGACGCUCUGUGCUAGAUGGGCAGCUCUGGGCUCCUUCUACACAUUCUUCAGGAACCACGCCGAAAUUUUCGCUAAUCCCCAAGAGUUCUACCGCUGGCCGACAGUCGCCGAGGCCGCGCGCAAAGGAAUUUCCAUCAGAUAUCAGCUCCUCGACUAUAUCUACACCGCCAUCUACAAACAGAACCAGACCGGUACCCCGGCUCUGAACCCUCUGUUCUUUAAUUACCCGAACGACCCCAACACCUACCCAAUUGACCUGCAGUUCUUCUACGGCGACGGCAUCCUUGUCAGCCCAGUCACAGAAGAAAACAGUACAAUUGUCAACUACUACCUGCCCGACGACAUCUUCUACGAGUGGGGUACUGGCAAGCCUAUCCGCGGCCGCGGUGAGUAUGUCUCCGCCCAGGUCGACUACACGGACAUCACGGUUCAUUAUAAGGGCGGGAUUGUCUACCCGCAGCGCAUUGAAAGCGCCAACACCACCACUGCGCUCCGCAAGAAGGGCUUCAACAUUGUCAUUGCUCCUGGUCUCGAUGACUGCGCUGAGGGAUCGCUAUACCUCGACGACGGUGAGUCGGUUGUGCAGGAUGCCGUGUCGGAGAUCGACUUCAAUUACGCACACGGCCGGCUCAGCAUGACUGGCUCGUUUGAGUACAAUCCUGGCGUCACUAUUGAGGCUAUCACUGUUCUUGGCAUAGAGCGCCAGCCGAAGGGACACCAUGAUGCCGAGUACGAUGCCGCGAACAAGAAGCUGGUGCUUCAUGUUGAUCUCCCUUUGACGAGUAAGUCUCAUAUUAAGCUUGUGUGA